AUGGCUGGACGGAGGAGAAGCAGUUUCUUGGGCGUGUUCGUCACCGCUGCGCUGGCUGUGGUGCUGCUGCCCGAGGGGGAGAGUCUGGAGGAGAGAGCGACGGCUGCAGCGUCACAGCGGAGUCUGGUCCGCAGCCGCAGGAACAUCAGCUGGUACAAGCAGCACUCCGACUUCUGGAACUGGUACAAGUUCUUCACCGACAACGGCAACCAGGAGGCAGUUCACGAGAUGGACCGCAUCUACCUGGCCUACCUCCAGAACAAGAACCGGGCCGAGGGCCGUCGCUCCUACAAGGCCUACCUGCGCCACCUAGGGGACAUCUACAAGUCCUGCGCAGACUCCGACGACCCCGAAUGCGUGUCCUCCUACACCGCCCGGCCCAAACCAGAGACCCCCAAGCCUGCACCGGUAAAGACCUGUGACCCCACCAAGGACACCUACUGCCUGUACGCUGCUCUGCUCCAGGGCAAGAGUCCCUACCAGCCCCUGGUUCUCCCAGCAGAAGCCCCGGCUCCAGCACCUGUCAAGGCCCCGGCGCCGAUGUACGUCCGCUCUGCUCCGGCUAAGGACCCCCAGUCCGGGUACCAGUACUACGCUCCAUCCACAACACCUUUCCUCUCCAAGGAGCAGAAGGCCGAGCUGCUGAGGAUCUGCGCCUCUGAGGACGUGGAGUGUCUGCAGUACCACCUGAGAGCCGCCUACGGGUACAAGCCCUCCGCCGGGCCCGUGCCGUCCUACGCCCACCUGGGCUGUGAUCCCAAGAAAGACCCCACCUGCAAACCCAAGCUGGUGCAGAAAGCCCCCUCCGGCGUCUACCUGCAGUACCCCAACUGCGACCCGGUCAGGGAUCCGGCCUGCGCCUACGCAGCCUCCCUCGUGGCCGCCCGUGCUCCUAAACAACCUGCCCCUGCCGGCCCUGGAUCCUGCAACCCUCUCUACGAAGAGGGCUGCAACCCCCUGAGCGCCACCAGAUUCGCCACCCCCCCCCAGGCGUACAAAAGCGACGAGGCAGACGAAGCCGCCGCCAUCCGUGCCGCGCCUCAGGCUGAGCAGAGCAGCGACCCCUACGCCAUGUUCAGGGACGCUUACGCGGCGGCCGCCAUGCAUCGCCGCGCUCCUUCCAACCCCAGGCAGCAGGUCCCGUUCUCCAACCCCGGUUAUGAGGAGCCUGCCCGCGAGGAGCGCCACCCGCUGGGCCCCCCAGGUAAGACCAAGGAGGGCUACGAAUGCUUCAUCGGCUACGACCGCGACUGCUUCCCGGUGAAGCCCGCCGAGCCGCGCUCCGGAGUCCACCGCCACCUGCCCUACCCGGCCGAGGCCUACGAGCCGCACCUGAACGCCGACGGCACCCGGAGCGGCGUCAUGGAGCCGUCCAACCCCGACUGCGACCCCGAGUACGACCGGGACUGCCGCCUGCGUCGCUACGAGCCCGAGCAGCGCCAAGCCGAGGCCCAGCCCGAGCAGCACGCCGAGGAGGACCACAGCCAGGGGGCGGCAGAGAGGGAGCAUCAGCCAGAGGAGCAGGAGCAGUACGAGGCGGAGCCCUACCAGAGCGGCCAGGAGGAGCCUCACGUGUCCUACCCCCAGAUGUCCUACCCUCAGAUGUCCUACCCCCAGAUGUCCCAGGGCAUCCCGAGCCUGCAGGACAUCCUGAGGCUCUACGCAGACCAGAGCCCGGAGCAGGACGAGCGCCGAGCUUACGCAGGCGACUACCGCAAGAAAUAA